CUCUACCGUUUCAACGCUGCAAGCGCCGCCGCCCUUCUCGUUCUCCCGUCCCCUCGGCCACCACCCAGCGCGACGCAUCCGCCCCGCUGCUGCCUGGACCACACCGGCUGCCAACUCUCGAGCUUCAGGUCUGGCUCCUCGGAAUCCUUGGCAACGAGCAGCCCACGGAUGGGACUGGUUUCUUCGUUAAUGGCUGGAGGCGGCGGAGAUGAUCAAGAGGCGCUACUUCAGGCAGGAUCACGGCGACAAGAGCGGCUCCUCGUCGUCUUCCUCCUCAUCGAGUUCGGACUCGGACCGCGAUCCGGCGGAAGAAGCCGUCGCCGAUGAGGAAGUAGAGGAAGAGCAAGAACAGGAAGCGGGCGGGGAGGAGUUGGGAGAAGAUAAGGAAAUGGGAGAAUUAGAGCCACAAGUCCAAGAAGAAAGUUCAGGAUACCAAAGUGAGGAUAGCUCUGGGAAUGAUGUUGAUGGACCUUCUGCAGUUUUUUUACCAAUCAUUGGUUUGGUUUUAGAUGAUGAUGAAGAGCACAUAAGCCCAAGGGAUGAAGAACAUCAUGAAAUAAGUUUGCCUGUUAAAAAAUCUUAUGGUGGUAAUGCUGACUCUGCCAAAAGUGCUGCUAACACAGAUGAUGCUGUUGAGGCUGAUUUUACUAACUGCAUUCUGAAGUGCAAAUCCGUGUAUAAGUGCAAGCUCUGUCCUAGGAUCAUGUGCUUAAAUGACGAGAUGGUCAUGGUACACCUCAAAUCAAAGAGGCAUUCUCGGUCGAAGAAACUCCUAGGAGAAGGGAGGCUUAAGCUGAUGCUCAACAGUGACGGUGAGCUGGAGGAAGAGCAAGAGACACAUGCUGAACGAUAUGCUCGGACUAUAGCUCUUGCUCAGCAAGUACAAAAACCAAAGAAGGAUUCAGGUAGGCAGCGACAAAAUCGGAGAAGGAAGAAGAGGUCUAGGAAUCAUCAGGAAAAGAAUCAAGAGACACAAAACUCUGACAAAAAAAGGUGCAAAACUAAAGGAUGAAGUGGAUGGUGCAGAGAUUGUACCUCAGUUCUUUUUGCUGGUUGCAACUUAAGCUGCUAUAUGUUCUGAAUCUUCUAAUAGUUUGAUCUUUAGAAAGUCAUUGUUUUCUGCUUGAAUCUACCUUCCAUUUCAAUCUAAGUUUGCUGGCCACAGUUUGUUGAAAUUAUGAGUGAUGAAAAUUGAAAUGAAAGAAAAGUUUUAUGUGAGCA